CGUUUUGAUAAAAAUAAACAAUAAUACAUCAAAUGCUUUAAUGUUUAACUUAUUUCGUUCAACUUGAAGGUGACAAAAUGGCAGCCGCUGUCAAAUUUAGUAAACAUCUCAAAGAAUUGCGCAUACAUUUGUGUCAGAAAUCAGCUGCGAGUCAAGGAGUAAGAGAGUUCAUUGAAACUCAAUAUGUAGCCUUAAAGAAAAGUAACCCAAAGUUUCCCAUCCUGAUCAGAGAAUGCAGCAGCGUACAACCAUCUGUUACUGCAAGAUAUGAGCACGGGAAAGAGGCAAGAGUGCCAUUACAAGGAAAGUCAAGUGCAGAAGUGCUGAGUACAAUACAGUCUCUCAACAAAUCAUAAGACAUUUUAUCGUCCAAAAUAUACUGUUUUAAUAUUGACAAGAGAGUGAAUAUGUGUUGAGAAACCGCUGUUUUUUAUCACUUACACUUGGUGAAUUGAGAAAUGUUUACAUCAGAUUAAUACAUGCAGCCAUUGAUUUUGCUGUCUCUACACUAUGGAGCGUUGUGUACUUUUCAAGAUUCAAAUAAACAUACAGAGUUU